AUGGACUUUUUCUUCAAAAUCCUCGGUCUGCAACCACCGAAGGAUAAAAAGGGAAAGUUGCUGUACCUCCUAGUCGCCGUUCCACACAUUUCCAUGUCCGCCUUCCUGGUGACGGGACUGGAAUGGUCGAAACUCUUCCGCGACUUCGACAAAGACUUCAAAGUGUCCAUGCUGACCCUCAGUGUUUGUACGCUCCAUUCCGUGUUCAUUUUCAGGAUAAUCGUUUGGUUUUUCACCAGAGAAAAACUGGCUGGAGUGGCGAGGGUUGUACAAAGGGACAGUUUUGAGUUCAAUUGUUUCAGUAUAUAUAAAAUUAAGUACGAUCAUCUUUUGAAUAAAGCUAGGAAGAUCAAAGAUUUGAAAUAUGACGAUUUAAAGAAGCUAUGGAGCAGGGCGACGAUAUUUAUCAACCACGACAAGAAUGUUAUAGAACGAUUUCGCAGAGAGAAAAUGGUUCACACUAGGGCAAUAUGUUGCCUCAUUUACCUAAGUAUAAAUUUCAUCUCCUUAUUCACCAUAAACGUGUCAUAUAUCAACGUACUGAGCACGGAGACGUAUGAAGGCUUUAAUGAAAGAUAUAACACAACCUCCACUUACAGGGUGUAUCCCUAUCAUAUGUAUUUUCCUUUUGACACUUCGCUGUCGCACGGUUAUUACUGGGUUGGGUAUUUUUAUCAGCUCUACGCCUACUGUGGCAUUAUAAUUACAUUCCUACCUGUAGAUACAAUUGUUAUCAAUUCUAUAAUCCACGUCAUAAGUCAGACUACAUUAGUGGGUGAAGCUUUUAAUCAACUGGGAAGUAAUAUAGAUUACAGUCAGAGCCUAGAUGAGGUUUUGAUGCUCCAUGAAAUCAGAAUCGUCAAGUGUAUUACCGAACUCCAAAAUAUCUACAGGGUACUUUAUCUCCUGGAAGACCUUUACAACGUCCAACUGUUGAUACAAUACGGCGCCUCAGUCUUUAUACUAUGUUCGUUGUGUUAUAUUAUACCCCUCGUCGACAAUGUUGGGGAGCUUAUAUGUAGCUUCAUAUAUUUAUCAGCCACACUGGGGGAAAUAUUCGUCUUCACCUAUUGCAGCCAAACCCUAUCAUUAAAAUUACAAAACGUCAAAAAUGCUGUCUAUAACCUAGACUGGCCCUGCUACCCGCCAAGACUCAGACGAAACUUGGUUUUCCUCAUUAGCAAGCUACAGAAACCGUGCCUGCUGACAGCUGGGAAGAUAUUUACUUUGGAUCUCCUAUUUUUCAUACAGCUGCAUCCUGAAUUCUUUCAAGUAACGGCCGCGGUAGUGAUUUCAAUAUGUCCAACGGAUUUAGAUCUAGGAAACGCGGUGGCCAUGCUAUUGGACCUUGUUGACCUAUCCAUUUAUUCGGAAAAGAUCCAAGCAGUUACUUGUCUCCCUCUAUUGUUACAAAACGUCAAAAAUGCUGUCUAUAACCUAGACUGGCCCUGCUACCCGCCAAGACUCAGACGAAACUUGGUUUUCCUCAUUAGCAAGCUACAGAAACCGUGCCUGCUGACAGCUGGGAAGAUAUUUAUUUUGGAUCUCCUAUUUUUCAUACAGGUUACGCAGAAGUCCUACUCAUUUUAUACUUUAAUAAGCAACACAGGAAAUAAUAAAUAAUAUAAUACACGCCGUAAUAGGCACUAAGCAAAACACACCUAUUUAAGACGAAAGGAAUAUUA